UAAAAAAAAUUACUACAGAAAUCGAAUAUUUGACCAUAAAAAAAGUAUUUGAAAAAACACCCCAAGAAAGCUCAUAUUCACACUCCGCACCCACCUCCACCGGGAAAGUAAAAGAGGAAUGCCAAACUUCUGAAUACGACGUCGUAUUAGAAGUUGAGAACUGAAAAGCUCAAAUCGACUACUGUAGAAGAAGAGGGCGAAACUCCAAAAGCUUAACUCCGAUCGGUGCUCAACAAUGGCGGAAACCGAACCGGCCGUCAAAUCAAAGCCUCGGCCAAUCAUGCGGAUCAGCCUGUUUCUCGUUUCCCACAGUCUCUUGUUCAGUGUGGUGUGCUGCACAGCCGGAAUUGUAGCUCUUCUUAUUUUGCCCCUUCUCGCCAAGAACACCUACAUUUCCGAAAAUGCACUGAUGCCCGGUUCUGCAAGUCCUAUGCUCUCGAACGAUGAUGCUUCGGAUGGCUACAGAUUUUAUAACAGGAUUAUGGAUCUUGAUGCAAAGACGACAAUCGCUGGCAAUGAAAUUCCAGAGCUGAUAGCAGAACACAUAAAAGAGUUAGAUGGCGAAGUUAAUUACCACAAGUUCCUCCCAAUAUCUAAUAAAUUUCAUCCAUUGCACUUUUUCUUGGGCCCUGAUGCUGGAAUAAUCCAAGAGAAUUUUACCUGUUCAUCUUACGGAAUCAACACUGUUGGAAUAAUAAGAGCUCCGCGUGGUGAUGGGAAGGAAGCUAUUGUACUCGUAACGCCUUAUAAUUCCACCAAGAUCACUACCGGCGAGGCUUUAUCUCUUGGAAUCGCAUACUCAGUCUUCUCUCUACUUUCCCGAGUCACUUGGCUUGCUAAAGAUAUUAUAUGGCUUGCUUCCGAUUCAAAACACGGGGAAUAUGCUGCAGUUUCUGCAUGGCUGAGAGAUUAUAAUACACUUUCUUUUGGUGACUUGAAGCUGCAGGAUGAAAUGUGUAGUCCAAGUAUUUCUAAUGGUUUUCGACGAGCUGGAACAAUGGCAGCUGCACUUAUCAUUAAGGUUGCUGAUAGCAGUAUGGAGUUUGAAAAGGAUAAUCUCAAGAUAUAUGCUGAAGCGUCUAAUGGGCAGAUGCCGAAUCUUGACCUCAUAAAUAUUGUUAAUUAUCUGGCUGUGCAUGGGCAGGGUUUGCAAGUGAGGGUGGAGAAAAUUUGGUCAUUGCUCGAUUCUUGGUGGCUGAAAAUUCUGGGACAACUACUUGAGUUGCUCGGAAGUGUGGCUAAAACCUUAAAUCCACAAUGGAAAUUCGGCAUCCCUGUUGCAGAUUAUGUUGAAGGCUCUGCCACUCUUGCUAGUUCCCUAUAUAACCAGGCGUUAGGUGUUCCGACUGGUCCACAUGGGGCCUUCCGUGAUUAUCAAGUUGAUGCAAUUACUAUGGAAAUCUCACCAAAGUUCUACUCAAGUCAGAGGGCCCUGUUCCUUUUGCGAGUUGGCAGGUUGAUCGAAGGAGUCGUACGAUCUGUGAAUAAUCUCCUCGAGAAGUUCCAUCAGUCCUUUUUCCUGUAUCUCAUGACAUCUCCUAGUAGGUUUGCUUCAGUUGGGGUCUACAUGAUUGCCUUUGCAUUACUCGUUGCUCCUCUUCCACUAGUUGCAACAUCUCUCUUUUCCGAUGCUAGUAAUUCAAAACCGGAGAAAGAUGAAAUAUCAUCCAAAUCUCUCCCAACUUUUACAUCAUGGAAAUGGCUUAGUGCUGCAAAAACAGUUCUUUUUGUGCACUUAUGGAGUGCAACUGUAACACUGCUUCCUUAUUUCAUCUCAAAAAUUCCUAAUUCCACCCCAUCUUUCAACUUCUUAAGUUGGAUCGAGCUUUCUUUGGCUAGCUUCUUAUUCAUGUACGCCAUUCCUGGUUCUUUUUCAUCUUCGAGUACAACUCAACCACAAAGAAACGAAUGGGCUCUUCUGAAAUCAGUAACUAUUGCCGCUGCUUUCAUAGGGCUUUGUCUCAUGUCUGUAAUCAACUUCGCAACAGCUGAAAUCGGAGCACUUCUGCUGGUUCCUAUGUGUUUGACCGUUUUACCCCUGAGGCUCGAUUUGAAAGAAAAACCCGUGAGAGCGUUCGUGCGUCGAGCUUGUAAUGUGCUAUUGGUAUUCCUUGGGUUUCCUCCAAUUAUAUUUCUCUUGUUAAAAGGUGCGUUAGAUGGUUUUAGCAGCGUUGGUUUCGGUGAUUUCUGGAAUUGGGCAGAGUCCCUUUGGGCAUGGAACAGUGCUACUUAUAUCUACAUGUGUAUGGUUCAUCUGCCCUGUUGGGUUCUUUGUAUUCGCACAUUACUACAUCGUUGCUAAUUUUUCUUCGAUUCUUCUGGGCUUGUUUCUGUUUGUAUCGAAUUAAUCAGAUAUCGAAAUAGUAUACAUUUUUAGCAUCAAGGCUUGUUUGAUAA